AUGUUUAAAAUUCGUGCAACCGACGGUGUCCGCGUUCUAGACGAUCCGUCUGAGGAACAGCUCCAUGACUUGCUCGCGGACAUGAACCUAUCGUGUAACAUCGUCAUCGUGGAGCGGCUGGGCUCUAACCCCGUUUCCGACUAUGGCGACUUCAUCCAGGUGAUGUUGAAUGCGGAUCCGAACUACGGGAGCUUUCUAGUCGAAUACCGCGAAGGCGGGCCAACCGCACAUUUUCAAACGACAGUACUACGUGAAUCCGACUGGGAUAGUGUCCUUGACUACGGUUUCGAACGAGUUGUGUGGGUCGAUCUGUGA